CUGAGGAAGAAAUAAGUUUUUCCCUUUCUCUGCACCGGCUCCUGAUUUCUGGCCCGCAGCCUCUCUGUCUCUCUGUCCCGUUGCAGAGCUGUGACAGUUCAGCAUCAUGGAGCUCCAUUUUGCGCUCGUAUAUCUCUCCCUGCUUUUACCACUGUGCACGUCGGGCAAUAUUCAGAACGACCACUAUGUUUUGGAGCCGUUUGAUUUUCUUUUUGACACGGCAGUGGAAGCGUACUAUAAGGGAGACUGGCUGUCGGUCAUCCUCAACAUGGAGAAGGCGCUAAGGAACAAAGCUACUGUCCGCAAUGUGAAGGCUCAUUGUCGGAUCAGCUGCGCCAACCACAGCGCUUUCGGCGACCCUUUGGCCGGCUUAGGAGUUCCCGUUCCAGGGGCCGGGUCUGUGGAUGACCUGGGCUUCUUCCAGAAAAUCCUGAAACGGGCGGAUUGUGUGAACUCCUGCGAGACCGAGAAACUGGGUUCCCCUACUAUGCACAAAGUCACUGAAGACGUGGAGCUGGAAUUUAAGAAGAGGAGCCCAUAUAAUUACUUACAAGUCGCCUAUUUCAAGAUCAAUAAGCUGGACAAGGCAGUGGCAGCAGCCCACACGUUCUACCAGGCCAACCCGGAGCACAUGGAGAUGAGACAGAACUUGGAAUACUAUAAGAUGAUGGAGGGAGUGAAGGAGGAGGACUUCAGAGAUUUGGAGGCCAGGCCACAUAUGGCUAGCUUCCUGCAAGGGAAGAGUUACUACAGCCACGACUCCUUCGGUCUGGCAGCUGAACAUUUUGAAAUGGCCGUAGAUGGGUACUUCACAGCCGAUAAGGAGUGCAGAGCUCUGUGCGAGGGAUCCUACAACUAUGACGGAUACAAUUACAUGGAAUAUAGCGCUGACCUGUUCCAGACCAUGACAGACCACUACAUGCAGGUACUGAGCUGUAAGCAGCACUGCUCUGUGGAGCUGGCAUCUACAGCUGGCAAAGACAAGCCCUUUGAGGAUUUCCUCGCCUCACACUUCAACUACCUGCAGUUCUCCUACUACAACAGUGAGAAAUACGAGCAGGCCAUAGAAUGUGGCAAAACUUUCCUGUUGUUCCACCCUAAUGAUGAGGUGAUGAACCAGAAUGUGGCAUAUUAUUCUGCUGUGCUGGGCGAGGACAAAGCACAAACCAUAUCAGCCAGACAGGUGGUGAAGCGCUACAUCCAGAAGUCCAUACUGGAGAAAGAGCUGCUCUAUUUUGGAUAUGAAGCUUUUGGCAUCACCUUUGUAGAUCCAGACACAUGGACACCUGAAGACGUCAUGCCCAAGAAACUGAGAGAGAAGCAGAAGGCUGACAGAGAGACUGCGGCGAGGAUCACGGAGGAAAUAGGAAACCUAAUGAAGGAGAUUGAGACUCUAGUUGAGGAGAAGAAGAAAGAUUCUUCUGAUAUGGCAAAGGUCAUCGUGCCACAGGAAGGUGACGUCGUGUUGCAUGAUAAUAUCAAGGUAACCAUGACGUCCAAGCAGCUGAACGGCUCUCAGCGGGUGCUGCUGGAUGGAGUGAUCAGUGAUGAUGAGUGCAGGGAGCUGCAGAACCUCUCCAAUGCAGCUGCACUGAAAGGUGAUGGCUACAGGGGGCGCACUUCCCCACACUCUCCCAGCGAGACGUUCCAGGGCAUCACCGUCCUGAAAGCUGUCAAGCUCGGUCAGGAAGGGACAGUUCCUCUAAAAAGUGCUCAUCUCUUCUUUGACCUGAGUGAGAGAGUGAAGAAGGUGGUGGAGUCAUACUUCAUCCUGGACACUCCGCUCUACUUCGCCUAUUCCCACCUGGUCUGUCGCUCUGCCAUUGAUGACAAGCAGGAGGACCGCGAGGACCUGAGCCACGCUGUCCACGCGGACAACUGUCUGCUGGUCUCUGAGCUCAAUGAGUGCGUCAAGGAACCUCCUGCAUACACACACAGAGACUACAGUGCCAUUCUUUAUUUAAAUGGUGACUUUGAAGGAGGCGAUUUCAUUUUCACUGAGUUGGAUGCAAAAACAGUCACGGCCGAGGUUCAUCCGCAGUGUGGCCGCGUGGUCGGAUUUGGUGCAGGGAAAGAGAACCCUCAUGGUGUCAGAGCUGUCACCAAGGGUCAGAGGUGUGCUUUGGCACUGUGGUUCACACUGGACCCUGCUCACGAGGAUAAGGAGAGGAUCCAAGCUCAGGACAUGCUGAAUAUGUUCGCUACACCAGUGAAUGCCGAGUUUAACAAGAAGGAGGUGACCGUCAGCUCAGAGCCCCAACCAGCCGCACCAGAGGCUCCUGCACAGGCUGCCCAGGAGACAGCAGGCGCAAAGCAAGAGGACAAACCUGCAGAGACAAAGGUAGACGUGCAGGCCGACAAACCAGCGGACACACCAAAGGACAAAACAGAGGGGAAAUCUGCAGAGAUGAAGGAGGAUGUGCAGGCCGACAAACCAGCGGACACACCAAAGGACAAAACAGAGGAGAAACCUGCAGAGACGAAGGAGGACGUGCAGGCCGACACACCAAAGGACAAAACAGUGGAGAAAGCAGUCAAAGCGACAGCAACAGGCACUAAAGCCAAAACUGCUCCGAAAGCAAAGGCUAAAGCUGGAGAGCAGACAAAGGGCAAGAAAGCAGACAAAGGUAAAGCUGCUGUGAAAAAAGAUGCAAAACUGAAGGAUAAAAGUCAAACCAAGCAGGCAGACAAAAAGGAGACAAAACCAGCUGUGAAAAAGACAGUAAAAGUCGCCAAAAAGGACUCCAAAAAAGUAACAUCAGACUCUCAGUUUGACAAAGUAGAGCUGUGAUGUAACAGCGCCUGUGACUCUUGAUAUGCCAUUGUCUCUGAGUUCUUCUUUGUGGGUGCAACUUGUCUUUUUUAAAGUAAUUGGGGUUGUUGGGGGUUGUUGGGGUGGGUGAUAAGAUAUUUUACUGCAGAUGUCCCUCAGAUCAGAUCAGUAUUUUUUCUAUACGUUUAUUUUGCAAUGGUGCGUAAAUGACUGUAACUGACGUAAUUUGGCCUCAAAAAUGUGUCUGUAUCGACAGGGAGUCUUUUCAUCUCUCGUUAUAUGAGCAGAACUGUUCUGCUGAGAAAGCCAUCAAUCAACUUUGUUGAUAGAAUGAAAUAAAAAGUGAUGUUUCUAUA